ACUAGAAAAGGAAAUCAGUUCAGAUAUGUCUCUGUGUGAACCUAACAGGAUGCAAGAGGCCAUCUGAGCUGCACUUUUCAAACCCACAGGAACCCCUCCUCUACCAUGUCCUGAGAACAAAGCCUCCUCCAGUCAUGUUGAUAAGAUGGAUCUUGUUGUGCAGCCUUUUAGUAAGGCUGGCUCAGAGCAACAAUCAGGAUUCUGAAAAGUCUGCAAACAUCACCACACCUUCAGCAAAACUUUUAGAUGCCUCUACUAAGUCAAAAGAACAUGGAAAAAACAAGACACUGCACAUUAUUUAUGCUUCAGUACCCGUGGGUCUGUGUUGUCCAUUCAUCUUCAUAUGCGUGUUUUGGAGUCUAAGGAGGUACUAUGGAAAUCAUAAGAGAACUCCAUCAACACCACAGAGACAAGAGAGCCAGGUCAGAAGUCCAUCAGCUUUUCCAUCCCAUGCUGCUGGGAGAACUCCAGCUACAGAUGUAAGCUCCUCACUUUACUGCUCCAUGUCUAGCCCACCUCAGCUCUUGCCUGUCAACAAGAUUUAUGACAGCGUUCCUCACUGUAAUGCUCAGGAGACAGCAUCUAACUCACCUCAUAAUGAUCCUUCACUUGAAAACCAAGAUGUCCUCAUAUAUGCAUCACUAAACCAUUCUGCUUCUACAAAUAAAUACCAGAGAAGGAAACUCCCUAUAGAAAAUGAAUUUAUAGAAUAUGCCUCUAUUAAGGAAAACUUUCCUUUUGUUUAGAAGAACCUGUGAAUGCUCCCCCACUACAGACAGGAAUUCAAAACACAGCCUGUGUCAUGCAGAUGGCUGGGUAUUCGUCUCUUAAAUGGCGGAAUUAAAGGAAACACAGCCAGCUUUCCUGUUCUUCCUUUGCUCAGGAUUCUGCUUCCAGCCUGACCUUUUGUCGUGGUUUGAACAGAGGCAAAGGGGAGGAGAAGGGAGGGCUUUCUCAGGUCAUAAACUUGUAAAACGAAUCCAUGAGGAAGAUGAUAAUGAGCCAAAUUAAUUCCUCCAAAGUAAAUACUAAAAAUACGCGGGGGAGAAAUUUUCUCUGAGGUUCUAAGAACGCCCUUACCAAGAUCCUCCUUCUCGUUCCACUUUAUCUCCUUGCAAAGUUCCUUAAAAUCAUGAAGACAUAAUCCUCUUAUUAACUGAAAUCAUGUAAAUACUUUUGCUUGUUUGUUUCUUGUGGGCAACAGGCAAUAAGAUGGAAAAUAAAAGGUUGUUGUCCUUUUAUUAAGAAAUAUUAAGAAAUAUUUCGCAUAAAUAAUGUGUGAAAAUACAUAGAGUGUUCUCUUUUUUUCCUCCUGGUGUGAUGACUGAUAAGCUAAGUUAAUGCAUACUGCUUUUGUCCACGAUGAGUCUAUGGAAAUAACAAAUGCUGAGCAGUGACUGACCAUAGUCAAAAUAAAAACAUUCUGUUCAUGAGUAGCUGUGCACGCCUGCGCCAGGCCAAGCUUUCCUCCCAUCACUGGCACAAGAACACGAUUAUGCUUCAAGCUCAGGGAAAGAAGAUAAAAAGGAAGUAAGGACCAAAGUGUCAUUUGAAUUUUGAGGAGAAUGCUCAUGCAGUUCUUUUGCAGCACUCAUUUCAUUGUAGUUUGGAUAUCAUGCAUCUGCUCCUGCAGCUCAAUACUCUGAAAAAUUACAUUUAGCAUUGUCUGCACCAAGAGAUUUGCAGAAGCAGAGAGUCUUCAACAUGGUUAAAAAUUCAGACCACAGUUGAAAAGGAAGAGAGGAUCAGUUCUCAGUGUGCAUAUAAUGCACCAGAUUCUUUGGAGUUAAUGGAAGGAAGUCAAGCUUCUUCAUCUCUUACCCUGGCAUAGUUACAGUUAACACUAAAGUUUUUAUCGGAUACACGUUAACCCUGCUAUGUUGAUAAUGAAGAUCAUUUGUUAUGCUUGUUGCACACUUGUCUUCCACCCAUCAUGCACUCUACUCUGCCCCAGAAUUAUGCCCAUGUGACUGAGCGCUAAAGGAGGCCAAGCACAGCUGUGAGAAGUACUGCACAGCCACCAGCUGCAAUGCUAAAAAAAAUCUGAACAUGCUGUGUUCCACUCUCAGAUCAAGGCCAAACCAUGGUUUAAGAAGAGGUCCUCAGAGAUCGAGGGUUGGUUUGGAAGAUGAGAUUUUUGUAGAUCAACAGGAAGCACCUCGCCACUUCACUGUCAGAUGUGCCAGUAUAGAAAAGCAAAGCACCGGAGCUUACAGUUGCUUUUUUUUUUUUUUU